AUGGACACAUUAUCUAGGUCUGAUCGUAGCGCAUUUUUGGUGGACUAUAAUGUCUACGUUGAGUGUUUAAACUUGGAAGAUGAUGAAGCAUCUAUUUCUCACAUUCAGACCCCGAGGAUAAAUGCCUCCGCGUACCGGAGUUCACACACCCAUGGGAGUAAAGAUCUCAUCAAUGACAAUUCAAUAGAUGAAGAUGAUUCCACAGAUAAUGGAUCUACAGAUGCUAUAGACUCUACUUCUACAGAUACGGGUACUCUGCAAACUGGAACUGACAUAAAUUCUGUAAAAGAUGAUACUCUGGAGGCGAGUUAUUUAUCUGAUAAACACAUGCAAGAACCAAAAUAUUCAUCAAACACCGUAAAUGCACGUAAAAGGACAAGGGCAAAACAUGGAAGUUAUACAGAAAAUAUAUACAGGCGAAAAUUUUUAUAUGCUUACGGAACACGCCUUAGAAAUAGAGAUCCCUAUGAAGACUCUGUAGAUUCUGCUGACUCCCAAAAAUCCCUAGAGAAUACGGAUCAGCCAUCUGGAAAAUUUGAGUAUGAUUACGAAAUUUGUAAAAACUUGUAUACCCCCAGGGUAUUCCCAUCAAUACAAACAGUUAUAGUAGGAGAGUCAAAAAAGGCCCUAACACUUUGUAGGAACGGUUCUGGUAUAUUCCACGAUUUACAAACUGGAAAAGUAGUUACUCAGAUCCCAAAAUAUUUAUAUGGGCAUUUACACUCGAAAUAUUCAUCUUAUGACAAUGGGAGUUCAAAUUCUUUUGCAAAAGGAUUGAAUAUAAAUGAAGCUGGAGUAAAAAAUGUAGAUAGUUCAAACAUUUAUGGGCUUCGAAGUUUGUGCACAAAAAUAUCUGCUUCUACAGUGAAUAGUUCACCACUGGUAUAUGUAGGAAACGCUUUAGGUGAUGUGCACGUAUUAGAUCUUCGUAUAGGUUGUAACUCAAAUUCAGGAUUACCUAUAUUGUCUUUAAACAAUUGCCAUACAGGCUCCAUCGUAGAAAUUUAUAAUUUUAAAAGAAAUCCCUUUAGCUUAUUCACGUGUGGAUUUGAGGAUGGAUAUAUUAGGUUUUUUGAUAUAAGAUAUCCACACAGACCACAUUCUUCACACAGUGUUUUUUCUUCUACUGACAAGGCAGAAAGAUGCUAUGUUGACCCAGAUGAUAAAAAGUAUUAUACCAGAGGUUCUAGAAAACCGCGUAAAAAGGGCUACUACUAUUUUGACGAUGAAUAUACCGAUAAAGAUCAACUAAACGCGUUAUAUAAGCGCUCAUUGGAUGUGUUAAACAGAGCAGAUUACACAUCUAAUCUCGCUAUGCCCUUCAGAAGCUUUAAGUCAUUUACAAGAAUCGGAACAAAGUAUGAAGAUUUGGAUCCUAUAGAACGGGAAAUACUCUCAAAUGUCAAAAUAGGCACCAUAUAUAGUACCUCUGUCUCCAGUGAUGAGUCCCUGGUAGCCAUUGGAAGUGGCCAAUCGGAACUAGUAUUCUGUACAUUGAACCAUGAUAUAAAAAUACAGAAAACUGCUCUUUUGAGUCCAAAGGAUGAAAUUCCACUUCAAAUCCACUUUACAGACAAUGAUUCUAAAGUCAUGAUUUCAACGUAUAAUUUGAGAAAGGCCAUAACGCUCUGCAAAACUACAAGCGGCAAAGAAAAUUUGCAAACAGAUUGCUGUCAAACAAUCCAAGCCAAUGGACAAAAGGGAACUAUAGAUGAUUAUUCUCCAUUUGGCUUACUUUCUUGGUGUAUAUUGAGUGGAAGGAAUGACUCCUGGAAGAGUCUUUCUCAAGAGGUAUUCUCACAAAACUUUACCUUUAUUGAAGAUGACAUGGGUGAAUGUCUACAAACUGAUGAUGGAUUUACUGAUUGUGGGAAAUCUCUAUAUGAUAGUCUCAAUGUGUACUGUGGAGAAAAGGCAGUUGAAAGAUUUAGAGACAGGCAAAGGUGUAUAUUCACUCCAAAGACACCACUAAAAUUUGGUUACAUGGAUGAUACUAACACCAUCGUAUCAAUCGGGGGAAACACAUAUACUGACGCAACACUCGACAUUUUAAAUCCGACCACUAUGGAAUUAGAGGCCUCCAUCUCAACUCCAGAGACCCGUGGAAUGUUUGUGGAGGAUCUCUGCUACCAAAGCUCGUCAGAUGGUCAAAUUAUCGUACUAAGCGGUUCAGUGGAUGGAGAGUACGCAAAUAAAACGGUUUCUGUUCUAAAGGGUAUAAAUUUGGACGAAUUAUCCAAAGCUCACAACCGUGGGCUAGUACACUAUAACCUACGCUGCUGA